AUGGACUUGUUUAAUCAGUGGGUUAAGUUGUGUCAAAAUAAACGACUUUUUGAAACGACACCUGAAAAAGUCUUCAAAAACUGCAGAGUGUGUUCAAAGCAUUUUGCUGAGAAAGACUUUAUAGCUAAUAGAAGGCUUAAUCGUCAGGCUUACCCAACAAAAUUAUUACCAGAAGGCAAAGCUCUGGCGCUGUCUAGAGACUGCAAAUUUAUCGAAACUUCGAGCGGAAUUCAGCACAACGUCGAUGAACUUCUGGUCGGCAUCCUGAAACAAAUUCGUCUGCGGGAGUUCAGGGAGAAGAAAAAGUCCGGCUUGAAAAGGGAAAAUCACAAGCUGCACGGCUCCAAAACAAGUCUGAGUUUGAAUAUCGCACGGGAAAUCCUGCAAAAGAUCUGCAUGAACGAUAUCAGCAAAUCGAAGUCAUGCGAAAAUUUACACGUAUUGUAA